GCAUUCCAAUAACAUGUAGGCUUGUCAAGGUAAAGGUCAUGAAGAGGCUGUGGGUGUUAUAGCCACAGACAGCAGCAAAGCUGUUACAGAUGGUUCACAUCACAAGGCAUUAGAAAUAGACAGAGAUUUCCUUGUUGUGCAAUCAACAUUUCCAGGUACAUGUUCCUUUCGAUCAGAAACAGGUUCUGCAUUCAUUCAAGAGCUAUGCAGAUGUCUGGAGGAAUACAGCAGCAAAAUGCCUUUCCAUCGCAUAUUAACUCUAGUUUCUUAUUAUCUUGCCUAUUAUUUUGAAAGUCGCACUAACGACAAAAAAAGUUCUAAUAAAAAGCAAAUGCCAUAUAUUUCUUCUAGAUUAACUGAAAUAAUAUCUUUUGGAAGAAAAAUUCCCCCUUACCAGGAUCAAGAAGGAGGUGUUCCUGUUAGAGAAAACAGAUCAAGAAUAUUACUUGAGGGAAUUUGUAUGCCUGAUUAUCCUCAACUUAAUGAACCAAUGGAUUCUCUUCAUUAUCAAAUUGAAGCUAAAAAUGUUGACUUUUUAUCCUUCUGUCAGUUUCAGGAUGAUGAUCCUCAGUCGUUAUCAUGUGCUACAGCAAAAUUGACAGUUCACAUGAUGGAAUUUGGGUACAGAUGUCCAAAAUAUGGAUUGAAACCAGAUUUGCUAAGUGCCUUAAAUAAAUACCGUGAAGAUCGUCUGAACUCUAAGGAGGAUACUGACUGCUUGAUCUGUUUGGUUUCAACACCUUGCAAAAAGAACUGUUUAUAUGACGGGAAUCAAAAAGUUUUCAAAGAAAGCAUUUGGCAGGCUUUUUCUGGAAAAUAUUGUGACUUCCUUGCCAGUAGACCGAAGAUUUUUAUAUUUUUGACAUAUGAAUCUUCUGGUACAAAGAGGUUUUUUUCUUGUGUAGCGUCUGAUGGACAAUGUGUGUACCGUAUUCCCGAGCAUGCUGAUUGCAUAGAAAUUCAUAUUAAUGUGACAGAUGGUGAACAAGCAUUGAGAUGCGUACGAGCUUUUUGUUCAAUGCUAAAAGAACAUCGUCAUAAUAAAGAUUUGCUUGAUAUUUUGAUCAUGCUCAACAAGGAACUUGUUCUUGAUAAUGCAGAUAAAGAUAAUUCUGUGUUAGUAACUUCAACUUUAACUAGAGGAAUAUUUUUGCCUUAAGAAAAUAAAUAGCAUGGUUUUAAUUUAUGUAAAAUUUUUAAAUGAAACCAUCUACUCAAUUAAAAAUAAUAUGAAAACACUUUAAAUUGCGGAAAUAUGUGUGAACUUAAAAGGUAUAACUAGAUCUGUGUGUGAGUGAUAUGAUUUCAAAAAAUUAUUUCAGCUGAGCUGAAAAUUAUUGCAUUGAUAUGUAAAUGGAAAUAAAGAUAAUUUUUUUAAAUAUAA